GCCGGAGGGCGGAGACGGCCCGCGUCCGGAGCGCCGGCAUGUGGACGCUGGGCCUCCGCGCGGCCGCCGGCCUGCGGCUCCGCUCGGCGUCAGGGCUGCCGACCCAGGCCCGCGCAGGCGCCUCGCGGCCGGAGGAGCCCGCCCGGCCCUGCGCCCUCCGAGGCCUGCGCUCCGCCACAGCCGCGGCCUGCGAGCCGGGCCCCGCCAGUUGCCCGCUCCGGUGCCUCCGCCAGAUCCUGGAUGUGAAGGAGCAACGGGUCUGUCUGACAACUGUGAGGACGUCCGGAACGUUGGGUGGCCCUGGCUCUCUGGACGAGACUACGUAUGAACGGCUGGCGGAGGAGACGCUGGAUUCCUUGGCGGAGUUCUUUGAAGACCUUGCAGACAAGCCUUAUACCCUCAAGGACUACGAUGUCUCCUUUGGGAGUGGAGUCCUGACGAUUCACCUGGGCGGAGAUCUGGGCACCUACGUGAUCAACAAGCAGAGCCCCAACAGGCAGAUCUGGUUGUCCUCUCCGUCCAGGUGCGUCCAGAGUGGGCCCAAGCGCUACGACUGGACAGGAAAGAACUGGGUGUACUCUCACGAUGGCGUCUCCCUCCACCAGCUGCUGGCCACGGAGCUGACUGAAGCCUUAAAGACAAAGCUGGACUUGUCUGCCCUGGCCUAUUCUGGAAAGGGCAGUUGAUGCCCAGCCCAGGGUUAAAGACAUGGAACGCCAUCGGGUGUGGCCCCUGCCUCCCUUUGCAGCUGAGCCUCUGGUCCUCUCCAGCUGGCCUUGGAGGACAGUUGUGCUGUGUGUCAUCGCACCAAGGGAAGAUGACGCUGCCUUCCACCCUGCCCCGGCUUGCUUCUUAAUCUCUGCAAAGGUCUUCCAUCCAUGUCUCCCUCCCUCCCUCAUGGGCUAGAUUCCAUGUUGGACUGUGUCUCGUACCCAUCCCUUUACACCACCAUCUGAGAACAGGAAAGCACUGUCCAAGGAGAAACAGGCAGGUGUCACUUCUCGUUUGAAGGAUUUAUUGUAGCAGCUACAGAGAACAAUGCAGGGACCUCACCCUGCUUUCCUAAGACAAGACUCAUUAAAGGGA